AUGGUGCUAAACGUCCCAGCGAGUGGGCCUGUUGAGGAACGCAGCAGGCGGCGAAAAUCUCGAGUGCCGCAGCGUCGCUCCGGUCCUGGCGCGGAUCCUCUUCCUAACGCGUACAAAUCUGGAUCGGCGGCAGCGCCGGUUAGGUUCCGCCCAUACCCACCCCCGUCGCCGACGUCGUCCGAGGAAGCGCAUGCGCGGCGCGUCCUUGCGGAAGCGAUGGCGCGUGAUUGGCAGCAUCCGAAUAGCGGCGGAGCGAUCGUGGUGGGUGGAGAAAAGGAUGAGAUUAAUUCGAUUGUUCCCGGUCAGGUGGUUUCUGAGUUGGAAUUGUCGCGCCCUGGGGGAGAGGAGGCAUGCGCGCACGAGCGGCAGGGUUUUGGCAGCGCGGUAGCAGGCGUCGUAUGGCAGGGGGAAGGCUCGGCGGAAGGAGCAGCAGAAGGCUCAGCGGAAGGAAGAGCAGAAGGCGCAGCGGACGGAGCAGCGGAAGGAGGAGCGGAAGGAGCAGCGGAAGGAAGAGCAGAAGGCGCAGCGGAAGGAGCAGCGGAAGGAGGAGCGGAAGGUGCAGCGGAAGGAACAGCUGAAGGCGCAGCGGAAGGAGCAGCGGAAGGAGGAGCGGAAGGUGCAGCGGAAGGAAGAGCAGAAGGCGUAGUGGAAGGAGUAGCGGAAGGAGGAGCGGAAGGAGCAGCGGAAGGAGCAGCUGAAGGCGCAGCGGAAGGAACAACGGAAGGCGCAGCAAAGGGAGCGGCGGAAGGAAGAGCAGAAGGUGCAGCGGAAGGAGUAGGGGGCGGCACACGGGGAGGAGAGGCGGGCUGUGAGGCGGGGACUCCCCAGCAGGAGCGGAUGCAGGCGAACGGGGAGGGGGGGUCGAGCGGGGGAGCUGAAGGGGAUGGAAGCAAGGAAGAAAAGGGAAGGAAGGGGGCGGGUGGGGGAGACUUGAGCGAGCAGAGCGAUCCAGGUACAGGCGGAGACAUGCACACAGGCAGAGAGGCGGCUGAGAUUGGCUUUGAGGUUACGGAUGCGAAUGAGAGUGAUGGUGACGGUGCAGGCGGUGGGCUAACGGAGGGAGGGAGGAAUGAGCAUGGAGAGGAAAGGGAGGGAGAGCAGCAGGUGAACGGGAAGCGCAAGAGGGAGGGUGUUUGCGAGGAAGAGGAGGAGGAGCCGGCGGAGGAGGGGGGGAAGGAGAAGGAGGGGGAGGAGGGGGAGGAGGGGGAGGUCGAGGAGGAGCAUGAGGAGGAAAAGGAGGUUCCGGUGGAGGAGGAGGAGGAACAGGAGGAGGAGGAGGAGGAGGAGGAGGAGGAGGAGGAGGAGGAGGAGGAGGAGGAGGAGGAGGAGGAGGAGGAGGAGGAACAGGAGGAGGAAGUCGAGGGGAAGGAGGUAGAGGAGGGGGGAGAGGAGGCGGAAGAAAACAAGGAAGAGAAGGAAAAGGAGGAGGUAGAGCAGGAAGCGGAAGUGAAGGAGGAGAUGGAGGUUGUGGGAGGACACGGAGUGACCGAGAUGGGCUCGAAAGGGUUGAGGAAAGGGAGGGUGGGGGAAGUGCUAUUGUUGGAAGGGGAGGAGGAAGAGACAGGGGAGGAGGAGGAGGAGGAGGAGGAGGAGGAGGAGGAGGAGGAGGAGGAGGAGGAGGAGGAGGAGGAGGUGGUGGUGGUGGUGGGGGGGGGGGGGAUGGGAAUGGAGAGGGAUGUGCCGAGCGUGGCGGUGAGCAACAGGGAAGGCGAGGAGAGCAGGUUGAGCAGGAAGAGCAGGGUGGAUGUGGGAUUGCGAGGGCAUGUGGAGCGAGGUGAGGGUGGGGAAGGGAACGAGGUACAGAAGAGUGGUGGGAUUGGUGGGACUCGUGGGACUGGUUCGACUGGUGGAGAGAGAGGUGGGAGGGAGGGAGCUGUGAGGGGGAGGAAGAUGGGCAAGGGAAAGCUGGAUGUGGGGAGAGAGGCGAAGAGGAAACGUUUCAGAGCUGUGGGGAGCGUGAAGGGGAAGUUUCGCAGGCAGCCAAUCCGCAGCAUGGCUGACGUGGACCCGACCGUAUGGGUGCUUCUAGUGGUGGCGAUGCUGCUAAUGGCCGCCGGAGCGGCGUCGUGGCUUGUAGCGUCGUCCAGAGCGACUAAAGACCCUGGCGCUAAGAAACGGGCGGGCGACGAGGAGGAGGAAGCGAAGGCGGCGGAAGACGGCGCGGCGACGGCGGCGGGUGGUCGGCGGAGAGGAGGCGGAGCGGCGGUGGCGGGAGGGGGAACGCGGGGAGGGGCCGCGCGGAUGCGGAUGCGGAGAAACCGACAGGCGGCGGCGGCUGCUGCGGCGGAAGAUGAGGGGAAUGCGCCUCGGGAGCGGGGGGGAGGGCGGAGGGAGGAGGAGGAGGAAGAGGAGGAGGAAGAAGGGGGAGCGGGAGCGGAAGGUCGACGGGAUCGCAGGAAACGAGAAAGAGAGGCACGGAGACAGAUCUCAUUCUCUUGCUCUCUCAUCAUAUCCCCCCAUCUUCCUUCCUUCCCACCCAUGCAACCCCCAUUCUUCCAUUCCUACGCCCCCCCACGUCCCACGCCCCCCCAACUCCUGCCCGUGUGGACCCCCCUGCCUGCGCCCUCCCUCGCUUGUCACUCUUUCGCUUCUUAUAACCACCCGUCCAAUGAAUGUUCCCUCUCUGGGGGGAAUUGUCAGUAUUGCUGUAUUUUUACGCAACCCCCUCCCCUCCUCUCCCCUCCCCUCCCCUCCCCUCCCCUCCCCUCCCCUCCCCUCCCCUCCCCUCCCCUCCCCUCCCCUCCCCUUCCCCCCCUGCGCCUCUUCCUCAACAAACCCAACCCAACCACCUCCUCCCCCCCUUCCUUUCCUCCCCCGCUGCAGUGCAUGGGAGUGCGUUAUGCCCCUUACUCUCCUCGCCUCCCGGACCUUUUUCCUUUCUCCCCUCGCUCCUCUCGCUCCCCUCGCUCCUCUCGCGCUUGUCUUCAUGGAAUAUCAGUUUCUCCGAGAACUUUCAACGCGGCUGUACUUCUGGCGCAAGAGGCGGCGGAGGAGGAGGAGCGGAGGCAGAGGGAGGCGGAGGCGGAGCUGGAGUCGUGGAAGGGGAUGUUCUCCGUGGAGGGGGAGGGCACGGUGGAGGGGGACGAGCAGCAGGAGAGCCAGGGGCUGCUGGGGGAAUUCACAGACUACAUCCGCGUGAGUGGGGUGGGAAGGAGGGAGAGGAGGGGUGCGGUGCGGGGAGGGAUGGGGGAGGGAGGUUGGUAA